GCGCGGAGAAGGAAGAAGAGGGUGAAGAAGAGGAAGAAAGGCAUCGUCGCGUAGCCACGAUAGCAGAGAGUGCGCACAGUCCACCGUGUACCCGGCAUGGACCGUCAGUACACCCUCUGUGUACUCGUACCGGCAUACCAGUACCGUAGCUACGUCGACAAUUACCAUCAUCAACAGGCGCAGCAAGAACAGCAACGCAAGACUAACCUUUUGCAACGUCCGACCUCCUAUCUUCAGUAUCAACAGCAACAGCAGGAGCAGAUCUACGAGAACGUUGUGUCGCAGUAUCGCAUGAGGAUGUGCUAUCACAACGAUUACGAGAACGAUGAGCAGAUACAAAAGUUCUACUGGGAACAGUGUUACAAGCGCGAUGACACCGAUGCAACGGCCUAUUAUUAUUGCGAAUAUGCGAAGAAGGAGAUCUAUGACAUAAAACAGCAAAGGCUCUGUCUGGCGCAGGAUGAGUACAAUCACCUCAAUAACGCCUUAACCACCCUUGGGGCAUCGCGUCAAAGUAUAUAUUCCAGCUCAAGUUCCUUGAUAACCAAAUACGACCCUGACCUGCUUAAGUCCGACGUGGCACAUGCCAGGAGCCGAGUUUCUCGAUUAAAACGAGAACUCGAGCAGAUUCGAGCGGAGAUGAACUGCACGCAACGAGGAGUGGAUACUCUCGUCAGUGUUGAGCAAAAGAUGAGCGGCCAUCAUAGUGGAUGUUACAAUAUCACGGAAGCGCAAGCUAUCAUGACCGAACUCCGUAACAUCCAAAAAUCUUUGAGUUCCGGAGAGAAGGAAAAGGCCGAACUGAUGCAGUCGCUGGCGAAGCUCAAAGACGAGCUGACAAGGCUGCAAUUUUGUGAAGGUAGUCCGGAAGCUAGCACGCUCAGUUUGCCACAAGAAAAACUUAGUACGGCCUCCCAGACGGAUCUCUCGGGUGAACUGGUGCCGAUUGGGACCCGAUUGGCCGAAAUGGCGCGCAUGAGAUUGCAGUACGAUGAGGCGAGGAAGCGAAUCCAACACAUUCAACAGCAGUUGGCGGAUCUCGAAGUGAAGGUGACGCCGGAUCAAAGCGAGAGCGACAAGGACAAGCUGUUACUAUUCCAAGAGAAGGAGCAACUGCUGCGAGAGCUGCGGAGUAUCACGCCGCGCACGAGGACGCAACAGGAUAUGAAGAAGAUUCAGGGUGAAAUUCGCAGGUUAGAGCAGGAUCUCAACAACGCGUUUGAACUGUCGAAUAAAACCAUCACCGAUCGUGUACGGCUCCACGAGGAGAAGCAGCUGUUGCUCCAACAACUCAGGGACGCUUUGCGAUCGAUGGCGAUGUUAGAGGGCCAGCUGAAGUCAUUGAGCGCUAGUACGUUAUCGGUUAGCAGCAGCUCCAGCCUUGGUAGUCUCAGCACGACUAGUAGCAAGGGUUCCCUUAGUUCCGGGCUUAGUUUUACGGAUAUUUACGGCGGCCCACAGUGUCUAGGAUCUACCAACUCGUCGCAGCAGGAACGACCGGUCGACAUGGUGGAUUUACACAGACGCGUCGAGAGAUUGUUACGUGGCUCCGAUCAUAACAAUCUCGUUGGCACACCCUCGCCUGGUAGAUCUCAACCCAGUCUCUCACCGAGAUCGAGUCUAUCGAGCGUAAGUCCGCCGGUGUCACCGUUAUACGAGAACGCGCCGAUGGGUCCACCGCCUGCCUACGAACAAGUGGAACUACAGAGGAGACAGCACCAGAGAGUGAUACCCCUGGCAGCGGUAGCGGCGGCGAUAGGAGCAGCCAGUGGUGGUGCGAUCGCCGCGUCGCAUCUCGACGGGAAUCAACUGGAAGACCGUUUGACGGAACUUAGAUUCAGUCAGCAGCAGGGAGUACCGCAGCAACAGCAAGAGCAGUCGUGCUCCUCCAAUUCGCAGGAUCGUUUGAAACUUGUGGUUGGUCCGCAUCCUCCCGUCGAAUUGCAAUCGUGUAACAUGUCACAGGGUAGUGGCCUAGGCAGGCCUGCCGCGUCCGGUGUACAAUUACACCAGCUGCAGCAGCUGCCGCCACCGCCUCAAGAACCACCCCCGUUGUCGCCGAUCAGCGAGACGCCACCGCCCACCGGGAUUAGAUCAAGGGCCAGCAGUUCUGGCACCAACACUAGAUCCGUUUCCGCUGCGGUUUCCGAUGAGAGCGUCGCCGGUGAUUCGGGCGUCUUUGAAGCGUCCAAUCGGAAGAGACUGUCCGGACUCAUCUCUGACGUUGACCCAUUGGCUUCCGGCGAAAUGAGUUUAGAAACAGCGCAGGUGCAAAUCAAACUGAGGUAUUCGGUGAGUGAUGGAUUGCUUCAUGUUGGCAUCGAACGCGCGAGAAAUCUAGCCGCCCUUUUCAUACCCAAUAACGCACAAGUAUACAUCAAAGUCGCUUUGUUGCCGAUGCAAUCGCCCGUCAGUCACAUGUGCUGCACGAAAUCCGUCGUGGACCUAAGAAAACCGACUUUCGGCGAGAUAUUUUCGAUCGCCGUACCGCUCAACAAGUUGUACACGAAGACUCUGCAAGUGACACUUUGGUGUACCGAAGCUGAAAAAUGCUUGGGUUCUGCGCAAGUCUCGCUGGCAGACUUCAGUCCAGAAUCUCCUAGCGUGAAAUGGUACAAUAUACUUUCCUUCCGCUUCAUGCAACCGUCCGACAGCAAUUCCAAUGCUAGCACCAGUAAUAGCGCCUCUACGAGUGUCAUGAAGCAAACGAAACACGACAAACAGGAAUCUGACAUCUCGAUGUAUAAAAGCGCACAAAAUACGAAAGAAGAGAGUAGCGACGAGAGUACGAUAAUCAGUUCUCAGACAUCUACCUUGACGAGAAAUCAAGGCUGUGACGAGCUGCAGACAGCCGUAUCGUUGAGACUUGAGGAGCUCGCCAAUUGUAGGGGUAGCCGAGAAGAAGAUGAUGAGGAAGGUGGUAAUAGCGAAAGCGGAAGCGAAGGUAGCGACGAAGAAGGCAUCGGCCUGGAAUUUAUAAAGGAGGACAAUAUUCUGGAGGAUGUUUUGGAGCACGAAGAAGAUGAAGAACUGAAUGAGGAAACGAGGCAAACGCAAGACAAGGAAACAAACACCGAAUGCGUAUUUAUUCCGGAGCAGGGCAAGCAAAGGAAACUCUCUGCGGCUGGCGUCGUGCCCGGCGCUAUUCACGACGACAAGAACUCCAUUGUAAUCAAGAGGAGUCAGACAUUCUCACCGAGCGCGGCCGUCAGCAAAAAUCAUUACAUCUGUCGACUUAAUCGUAGCGACAGCGACAGCAGUAUGCCGCUUUAUCGUAGAGGCGGACCUUUCCAAAGGAAUUCGGUGGAGAGACGUUCCCUACGAUGGCGUCGGCCUUCCUCCGCUCUCAGCUACAAAACCACUUCGAAAAAAUCGUCCUAUUUGCCACCCACAAUCAGAACGUCAUUGGAUCUCGAAUUGGAUCUCCGGGCGCAGCACGCUAGACUGAACAAUCUCCAGGAUGAGCUUAGCAGGUUACGGGAAUUGAAGCAGCGAUUAGAACAAGCGCGCGAGAAAGGCGAUGCCGAUCUAGCAGCAUGGCUAUUGGAAGAUCAGAAAUUCCAAAACCUCAUGCUACAGGCCGAAAAUGGAAGAAACAGUAAAAACGCCGAGGAGAAGAAAGUGGAGAAGAUGAUGAAGAAAACGUCGAAAGAGCUCUACAAGUUGAGGAAAACAAAGGCGGGAAAGGGAAAACCAGACAUCAUCUCUUUCAAAGAAAAGAUGGCCUUUUUCACGCGAGUAAAUUUGAACGUUCCUGUUUUGCCACCCGAGGAUCUCGGAACCGACGUUACGUGUCCUACGGCAUCGUAUACGCAUAGAAGAUACGUGUCGGAGCCCGCUACCAACAUUCACGGCAUUAUAAAUUCGACGAUGCGGCCGAACAGCAUUUCGGCAAGCGGGUCGUUCUCUACCACGAGAAACAGCAGCAGUGUCGCGGAUCAGAAUGCGAGCGGAAUUGUCAUUACGAACGUCAAUGAGAGUGAGAUUCUGACCAAGAAUACCGAUAAGCCUGUAAACGCGAAAGGCCGGCCAGCGGCGGCGGAAUCCAGUGCACGAAAUUCGGAAAACGGCGAGAGCGAGGCCUUAUCUAAGUCCAUCGCGGAGAAGAAUAGCGAAGAUAACGGGGAGCCGACAAAGAGAUACGAAUACGUCGUCGACAGGGUUCUCGGUGUGGAAGUAUUGGCUGGUUCGUUUUCGUCCGAUCUCGGUAUUGUCGUUUACAAUUGCUUUCGGUUUUCUAAUUUUGAAGCUCCUUGUCCAGUGGAAAUGUGCCCAACUGGAACUACAGAAGCCAUGUCGUCGAAAAAAUCACCGUAUUUUGAAUACAAGUUCCCUAAGCAGUUGGAUAAAUUCUCAAAGGAGAAGAUGGAGCUAGAAACAAAGCUGGAUGAAAAAAAGAAGGAACUUCAAGAGAAACAAAUGCAAAGGAAAAUACAUGAAUUACAGGAUAAAGUCAAGGAAUUAUCUCAAAUGGAAUCUAAAUUGGAAGAAAAAACACGGAGAUUGCAAACAUCCAACAAGGAAAGAGAUAUACUUGAGAAAGAACUGGUCUCUACACGAUCAGAACUGGCAAGCAUUAAAAGAACGUUAGAUUUAGAACGGCAGGAAAGAAGAGAGCUAGAGACUCGUGCGCUUGGAUUAAUAAGAGAUGCAAAACGCAAAUGGGAAAAUGCAGAAAAAGAUAAAAUUGCACAAUUAAAUCAACAUAUCGAAGGACAAACUAUAAAAAUUACAUCGCUAUGUGCAAGUAAUAAUGAAUUAAAUUCGCAAUUACAAAAAGCAGAAUGUGAACUGCAAACUGCAAAUGCUGAAUUGGAUAAAUUGCGUGUAUUUCAAACACAAUAUAAGGAAUCCUUGGCGAAAACACGUGAAUUAAAUAGACAAAGUGUUCAAGGUGUUGAAAUUAAGUUAGAAGAAAUAUCUGCGCGCGCUCAUAAUCAGUUGGCUGACUUACGAGCGAAAUUAGAUUUUGAAGCAGCAAAGAAUACAGAUCUUGAGACUAGGUUACGCAAUGAACAGGAUUCGAACCACUGUCGCGAGUCAAGAUUAAAUGUUGCUUUAGAACUUGCACAAAAUGAAUUAAAAGACUGUCAAGAACAAUUGCGUAGUAUACAAGCCACAUUACCAGCAAGAGAUGUUGAGAUUGAAACUUUACGUAAACAACUGCAAGAGAAAGCAAAACAGAUAGAUGAUCUGAAAACAUCCGACCAGAUGCUUACAAGUCUACAAGAACAAUUAGAAAGAAUGAAUCUUGAAAAUGAACAAUUAAAGCGGCAGUUAGAAGUUACGAAGUCUGAUCUAAAUGAAACCAUGAUGAAUUUGGAGCAAAGCGAGGCUCUCGCUUUAAAUUUAGAGCAAGCGGCGCAAGAUAAAGUUACAUUACAAAAGAGAUUACAAGACUCCUUGAACAAAGAAGAGGAACAGUUGCGCAAGGUUUACAAUUUAGAGGAAUUAUUAAAACGUUUGGAACAUAGUGUUACAAAACUAGAAGCAGAAAAUGCUAGUCUUAAAGAAUUGGAUCAGGCCCAACCAUCUACAUCUCGCGCAGGAAUUACUGAUACCGCAAGCAUAAAACAUCAUACAAACAUCGUUCAUCAGCAAGAGAAAGUAGAAAAACUGGUACAACAACUUCAAUCUCUAAGAGAAGAAAUUUCAGUUGAAAAACAAACAGCGAAACAAGCUCAAUUAGCUCUAUGGAAGAAGGAAAAGGAAUUGUCAGAUGCUAACUUAGAUAAACGAAUAGCUGUGAGAGAAAGUAAGAGAGCAGAGGAUAAGAUCAAAAUGCUGCAAGAAGAAAAACAAAAAUUGCAAGAGAAAUUAAACAGCAAAACAAAGGAAGAAGAAGAGAAUCUUAAAAAACUAUUAAAAGAAUUAGACAUUGCAAAAGUGUCAUUGAACGAUAUUACAAAAGAAGCAUCUAGGAAUAAAAUGCAGGCUGAUUCAGCACAAAGGGCCUUGACUCAAGCUAAUCAUCAGAUCGAAGAACUUCAAUCUUCGAGCGCAUCAUUACGUAGAGAAUUGGAUGCGGUUCGCAAGCAAACACGAUCGAAUCAAGAUCGAGUCGAUACUCUAAACGCCGAGAAUAGACGUUUGACGCAAGUAGUUGCUAGACAUAACGGAGAAAAGACUGAACUGGAAACUAAAGUCGCGAAAUUAGAGCAAGACAUUAAAGGCUAUGAAUUAAAUAUUGAACUCUUAAAAGAGACCUGUACGGUAUUGGAAGAACAAUUGACGGACUAUGAGAGAUUAACGAGCGAUCACGAAACGCGCGAGAAUAUACUGAUUCAGGAUAAAAUGAAACUGCAAAAAGAUUUGGAAGCUGCUGAAACGAAAAUACGCGAGGCACGUAUCGCGCAAAACGAAGAGAAGACGCGAAGAUUAGUCGCUGAACGUAAUAUCGAGCAAUUAGAAUCCGAGACAAGUGACAUAGAAAGCGAAAGAAACAGCCUUGUCACUCAGAGGGACCAAUACAAGAAACUUGCUCAAGAGCUAAGCGUACAAAUUGAAGAGUUGACAAUGAGAUGCGGUGAAAUGGAGUGCAAUCUCUCGGAAAUAAGUCGUGCUUUAGAAGGCGCUAAAGCAGAGUCGAGAGUCGUGAAAGAAGAGAGCAGUGUAUACUUAACGAGUGUGCACGAAUUGAAAGAAGCGAAUUUCGGACUUAUGACUGAUCUACAGAGUAGCAUGGAUCAAUGUCAGGAACUGAGGUCUAGGAUAGUAGAAUUGGAAAAGGUUUUGGAAGAGAUGAGACAGUUCUAUCAAGAGAGAGAUUUAAAGGCUGAAAGUACUCGGCAACAACAGACUAAAUUAAUCGAUUACCUGCAAUCGAAAUUGGAAGAAUGCAGUAAGAAGAAAAAGACUAUGUGCGACAAAAUACUCGGCAAGCAGAAGGAAAAUGUGCCUCCCGUGAGUACAAGUAUGCCUGUAGGGUAUCGUGAAUUGGAGAAUCAACUGGCUAAAGAACGAGCAAAGGUGAAGACAUUGACAGAUCAGUUAUUAAUUCAAAAAGCUAAAAGUACCUCCUUCUUCGCGUCUGCACCUACUUCCCCUACGGCACCUCCAGAAUAUGAAAGCAAAAGGAUAAAAGAUAUCACAGAGACUAGCAGUGCAUCAUUAAUCAAACGAUUAUCUCCGCAAAAGCUAGGACACAACAUUCCGCAUAGAUUUAACGUAGGCUUACCUAUGCACGCAAGAAAAUGUGCGGCCUGUCCGAAGGUUAUACAAUUUGGAAGACGCGCUGCGACUUGCAGCAAGUGUCAAAUCAUGACGCAUUUGGAAUGUGCGGUAUCUGUACCUGUGGCUUGUGGUUUACCGAGUGAUUUGCCCAAGUAUUCUCAUAAUGUUCUCGGAGACAGCGAUGAAAGUUUAUCGUCAAUAGGAGAUAGCGUCCAGACAUUAGCCAUAGAUCAGCCAGACAAACCGGAAGAUGAUUUGCAAAGUGUAACAAAGUGUAACGAAAAUGAAAGUCUUAUGGAAGGAUGGGUGAAAGUACCCGGUAGAUCAAAAUCUUGUUGGGAAAGAAAAUACUUAAAGUUGGAAAAGCCAUGUUUGUGCAUCUAUGAACAUCAGCCAUGUGCAGGAAUGGUACCGAUUAAUCGUUUAAAUUUAACGGAAAACAAUGGUUUUAAUGUUUCCGAGACAGUACAGCAUCCCGAGGUAGCGGGAACAGCAAAAUCCGACAUCCCGUUUGUCUUUAGAAUCGAAUCGAACACUGGAACAACUUGUUGGCCUUCGUCUAGAUUGGAUGUUAUGGCUCUGAGUCAAGCUGACAAAAGAAACUGGCUUAAAGCUCUAAAGACUGUUACCAAUCAAAGUUCGUACACUGUGCCUACAUAUAAUAAGUAUCAAACUGUGCUCAGAUUAGAAAAACAUCAGUUGGAUUUGAACUGUGUUGUGGAAUUGGGUGUAGAAAACGUGCUUCUGCUGGGCGCGAAAGAGGGUCUGUUUUCAUAUUGCGGUUCAAAAUCUCAAACACUUACAACUAUACGCGGAGUCAAGCAGAUACAUCAGCUCUCUUUACAUCACCACUUAGAUCUGGCUCUAAUGAUAGCCGGUGAAUACAGAGAGUUGGUGUAUUGCAAUUUGCGACUACUGAAGAAUAACGCGUUAGCUGCCGAUUGUUCUAAACCGGCGAUUAAUACAAAGAGCGUAUUAUCUACUUCCGAUAGUUGCCAUCUGUAUCAAUUGCAAGGCGAGAUACUGUGUGCCGCGACUGCGUCUUAUGUAAUAUUGUUUAAAUGGAAAAUCGAAGAAGAUUCGGGAAAGUUUGUCGGGCUUCGUGAGCUUGAAACACAGGAACCAUGCAGUUGUGCCAUAUUUACGUCGAAUCUCCUUAUUAUAGGAUGUCACAAAUUCUUCCAGAUUGAUUUACAAACAUAUAGUGUGGAUGAGUUUCCAGAAGAAGAUAACAGUUCAAUUAAAGCUGCCAUGUCAGGUGCAGCUAAGCUUGGCAUAUUUCCUGUUUGCGUUUUGAAUAUUUCCAAUAUACGCGGCACGGCGGAACUUUUAUUAUGUUAUAACGAAUUUGGUGUAUUUGUGGACGAAAACGGUAGAAGAACUCGCGCCGAUGAUCCAGUAUGGAAUCAUUUACCAUUCGCUUUCGCAUUCUGCAAACCAUAUUUAUUCAUUAUUCAUUUCUCGUCCGUUGAAGUUGUAAAACUUGACGCAGAAGCGUAUAAUUCGUCGCAAAAAAGUCCCGAACGUAUGUUAAUCGAAUUAUCUAGUCCACGUUAUUUAGGCACGGCGGGCUCGAAAGGAAUUUAUGUGGCGACUGUAAAUUCUUAUUUUGAAUUACUCAAGAUUGACGGUUUUUUCAAUAUGCCAACGUUGAACGGCAGUUUGACAAGCUUGGAUACAUUAGCUCAAGAAGAUGAAAGUAGCUCGGAAUUCAGUUUUACAUCGAGUUUAAUGGAAGCUUUGGACGGACAAGGAAAAAAAGUACAUUUCGCUGGAGUGCACAAAUAUUGAAGUAGGUCUUGUAUAUGAUCUGUUUGAUUUAAUAUAAUGUAAUACUAUAUUUGGUUUAUUAGAAACUAGCAAUUUGUAUGAAAACACGUUUAUACGACUAGCAAUUAGUAUGAAAAAGAUAUCUCUAUUCUAUAGAAAAGUAACUCUCGAGUAGAAUAAUAUUUAAUUUAAAAUUACUCUUAUCGUGCUUCUCUUUAAUAGAACUUGAAUAUAUAUAAUAAUAGUGUAUAAAAAAUAGAGAUAAACGUGUCAUGAUGAAGAUCUCAAACAAUCUUGCCACGUCAUUAACUCAUAUCAA